AACUUUUGGGAGUUCUUGGAUCGUGGCUUCUGGGCAGAGCCGCCGGGCAGAGCCGGGCAUCGCGCGAGGGCUGGGAAGAGGUGGUCGCGAGGCAUUCCCGGGCACCGCAGGGGAGCCCCCGGUCCGGGGCCAAGCGCUUCCUGCCGCCCGCUCGGCUGCCGAGUCACACCUGAGGGCGCGGGCGGGAAGCGAAGCGAAGGGGACUCUCCGUCGGUUUCGGCGCCGUGCCCUCCGAGAGCGGGCAGUCUGCGAGGCCACCUAGACCAUGUAAUUGCGGGGCCCGGAGAGCAGAGGAGACGGCUGCCCUUCAGCUUCUGCGAUCCUCGCCGCCGCCGCCGCCGCCGCCGCCACCCCAGAAGAUGAAGCCGGUGCUCAGCCUCCUUUCCUGGGUGAGCUGCCUCGCAAUCGCCGGGAGCCUCCAUCGCAGCGCUGCUCAGUCAGGUUUUCACAGAGAAUCUGCUGGCUUCCUUCCUUGCCAAGGCUGCAGCUCUCAGCUGGACAGGAUUUGUGCUGGGACGGAAAACAAGCUGAGCUCUCUGUCUGAUCUUGAGCAACAAUAUCGUGCCCUGCGCAAGUACUAUGAAAACUGUGAGGUGGUGAUGGGCAACCUAGAAAUCACCAGCAUUGAGCAUAACCGGGAUCUCUCCUUUUUACGGUCUAUCCGAGAAGUCACAGGCUAUGUCCUGGUUGCUCUGAAUCAAUUUGAAUACCUUCCACUGGAGAACCUGCGUAUCAUUCGUGGAACAAAGCUCUAUGAGGACCGUUCUGCACUGGCCAUCUUCCUCAACUACAAAAAGGAUGGAAGCUUUGGACUCAGGCGGCUUGGGCUGAAGAACCUGACUGAGAUCUUGAAUGGAGGAGUAUAUGUUGGACAGAACAGAUUUCUUUGCUAUGCAGACACUAUUCAGUGGGAAGAUAUUGUUCGUCACCCUUUGGCUUCCAACUUCUCUGUGGUUCCGAAAAACAGUAGUGCAGAUUGUGGAUCAUGUCACAAGUCCUGUGGAAACCGAUGCUGGGGACCUUCAGCAGAUCAGUGCCAGACCUUAACGAAGAUGGUGUGUGCUGAGCAAUGUGAUGGGCGGUGCUACGGACGCUCUGUCAGCGAAUGCUGCCACCGGGAAUGUGCAGGAGGCUGCUCGGGACCCAAAGACACUGACUGCUUUGCCUGCAUGAACUUUAAUGACAGUGGUGCUUGUGUCACACAGUGUCCCCAGACCUCAGUCUACAAUCCUGCCACCUUCCAGAUGGAGAAUAACCGAGAUGGCAAAUACACCUACGGUGCUUUUUGUGUCAAGAAGUGCCCACAUAACUUUGUGGUUGACAUUAGUUCCUGUGUUCGUGCCUGUCCCAGCCCCAAGAUGGAAGUUGAAGAAAAUGGUAUCAAGACAUGCAAACCAUGCACUGACAUUUGCCCUAAAGCAUGUGACGGCAUAGGUACUGGAAGUUUGAUGUACGCUCAGACUGUGGACUCCAGUAACAUUGAUAAAUUUGUCAACUGCACCAAGAUCAAUGGGAACCUAAUCUUCCUUGUCACUGGGAUUCAUGGGGACCCCUAUCACACAAUUGAAGCAAUUGAUCCACAGAACUUAAAUGUCUUCCAAACAGUGAGAGAAAUAACAGGGUUCCUGAAUAUACAAUCAUGGCCAGAAAACAUGACCGACUUCAGUGUGUUUUCUAACCUGGUUACCAUAGGUGGAAGAGCAUUAUACAGUGGUCUUUCCCUGCUUAUUCUCAAGCAGCAGGGAAUCAGAUCUCUGCAGUUCCAGUCCCUGAAGCAUAUCAGUGCUGGCAACAUCUACAUAACAGACAAUAGUAACUUGUGUUACUAUCACACCAUCAACUGGACCAGCCUCUUCAGCACCUCCAAUCAAAAGACUGUGAUCCACAGAAAUAAGAAGGCUGAAAACUGCACUGCAGAGGGGAUGGUAUGCAGUCAUUUAUGCUCAAAGAAUGGAUGUUGGGGGCCAGGACCAGACCAGUGUUUGUCCUGUAAGCACUUCAUCAGGGGAAGGACCUGUGUAAAAGCUUGUAAUCUUUAUGAUGGGGAAUACAGGGAGUUUGCAAAUGGCUCUGUCUGCAUGGAAUGUGACCCCCAGUGUGAGAAGAUGGAUAACAACAGAAUCACAUGUAGGGGACCGGGAGCAGACCACUGCACCAAGUGCUUCCAUUUUAAAGAUGGCCCCAAUUGUGUGGAGAAGUGUCCCGAUGGUGUCCAAGGGACAAGCAGCUUUAUUUUCAAAUACGCCGAUGAGAACCGUGAAUGCCACUCCUGUCAUCCAAACUGCACCCAGGGGUGCAUAGGCCCCCGCCUCGAAGACUGCAUUGGUUUCAUGGAUAGGUGUAGCGGCCCCACUAGUCAUGACUGCAUUUACUAUCCGUGGACACGCCAGUCCACUUUGCUACAACAUGCUAGGACUCCCCUGAUUGCUGCUGGAGUGAUUGGAGGACUCUUCAUCAUCGUGAUUUUGGGCUUGACGUUUGCCGUUUAUGUGAGACGCAAGAGCAUCAAAAAAAAGAGGGCCUUGCGGAGGUUCCUGGAGACUGAGGGUACAAUCCAGCCAGAGCUGGUGGAGCCUUUGACCCCGAGCGGCACUGCACCCAACCAGGCGCAACUCCGCAUUCUGAAGGAAACUGAGCUAAAGCGUGUCAAGGUCCUUGGAUCUGGGGCCUUUGGAACGGUGUACAAGGGUGUUUGGGUUCCUGAGGGAGAAAGUGUGAAGAUUCCUGUGGCUAUUAAAAUCCUGAAUGAGACAACUGGUCCAAAAGCCAAUGUGGAGUUCAUGGAUGAAGCUCUUAUAAUGGCAAGCAUGGAUCAUCCCCACCUGGUGCGGCUACUAGGAGUCUGCUUAAGCCCAACCAUCCAGCUUGUUACUCAGCUGAUGCCCCAUGGCUGCUUACUGGACUAUGUUCAUGAACAUAAGGAUAACAUUGGCUCCCAACUCCUGCUUAAUUGGUGUGUCCAGAUAGCCAAGGGCAUGAUGUACUUGGAAGAGAGGCGGCUGGUUCACCGAGACUUGGCAGCCCGGAAUGUCUUAGUGAAAUCACCAAACCAUGUGAAAAUCACAGACUUCGGCCUGGCCAGACUACUGGAAGGUGAUGAGAAAGAGUACAGCGCUGAUGGUGGCAAGAUGCCAAUUAAGUGGAUGGCUCUUGAGUGUAUACAUUAUCGAAAAUUCACACAUCAGACUGAUGUCUGGAGCUAUGGUGUCACCAUUUGGGAGCUGAUGACCUUUGGUGGAAAGCCCUAUGAUGGAAUCCCAACAAGAGAAAUUCCUGAUUUGCUAGAGAAAGGGGAACGUUUGCCACAGCCUCCCGUUUGCACCAUUGAUGUUUACAUGGUGAUGGUGAAAUGUUGGAUGAUUGAUGCAGAUAGUCGGCCCAAGUUCAAGGAGCUGGCUGCUGAAUUUUCCAGAAUGGCUCGAGAUCCUCAGAGAUACCUGGUCAUUCAGGGUGAUGAUCGUAUGAAGCUCCCAAGCCCAAAUGACAGCAAGUUUUUCCAGAAUCUGCUGGAUGAGGGAGAUCUGGAAGAUAUGAUGGAUGCAGAAGAAUAUCUAGUUCCUCAGGCUUUUAACAUUCCUCCACCCAUCUACACAUCGAGGGCAAGAAUGGAUUCCAACAGGAACCAGUUUAUCUACAGAGAUGGCAGCUUGACUACGGAACAAGGGGUCCUUUUGCCAUACCGAGCUGCCAUCCCAAGCAUGGCCCCAGAACCCCCCAUCAUGCAAAGUGCUGCUGAGAUUUGUGAUGACAGUUGCUGUAAUGGCACUUUACGGAAACAAGGAUCCAGCCUUCCUCAGGAGGACAGCGUCACUCAGAGGUACAGCGCUGACCCAACAGUUUUUCUGCCAGAGCGAGGACCCAGAAACGAGCUGGAUGAAGAUGGGUACAUGACGCCAAUGCCAGAAAAGUCCAAAACAGAUCACCUGAACCCAGUGGAGGAGAACCCCUUUGUGUCUCGGCGGAAGAAUGCUGAUCUUCAAGCGCUGGACAACCCGGAGUAUCACAACAGCCAAAAUGGGCAGCCCAAAGCAGAGGACGAGUAUGUGAAUGAGCCAUUGUACCUCAACACCUUUCCCAGCACCUUCGAGAAUUCGGAGUACCUGAAGAAAAAUGGGCUUCCACUGCCAGAGAAACCCAAGAAAGCAUUUGACAACCCAGGUUACUGGAAUCACAGCCUGCCUCCACGAAGCACCCUGCAACAUCCGGACUACCUUCAGGAAUACAGCACAAAAUAUUUUUACAAACAAAAUGGAAGGAUCCGGCCCAUUGUGGCAGAGAACCCAGAAUACCUCUCAGAGUUUGCCCUGAAGCCCGGCACUAUGCUGCCUCCUCCACCCUACAGACACCGAAACACAGUGGUGUAAUCCUAAAAAAAUCAAGAACCCGUACCAGCACUCUCUUUUCUCCCUCUUGUCCCCCCUCUUCCCCCCACUCUCUUUUUCUUCCUUUCCCUUCUCCUUUUCUUGCCAGUUCUUCCUCAGUUUGGUGUCUGCAAAUGGAAAGAUACAUGCAAAUAAUUUGUUCCAGGAAUCUGGGAAGAGAGAAAAGUAGAGAAGGAAAGCGGGAAAAAGCCUGGCUCACUUUUGAUGUACCUGGAGGACAAGAAAGCCAGUGGAUGCUCACAAAAGCCAGGGGCAGUGUAGCUGCUGUCAAGCUAGUUCUCUAUGUCGUGGUUCAGCUUGGAUGCUGCAGGGAAAGUAACACCAUGUCAAUAUCUAUCAGCAGGAAGUGCUGAGAGCAGCUGGAGCAUUCCUGGAGAAAGCAAUGCAAUUUUGGGGUGGGAGGGUAGGGAAGGACAAUUUUUCUACCAUAAGUGAUGAUACAAUAACUGAGAUUGAGAAUCCAACUUCUUUCUUUAACACUUUUUAUUCUGCCACCUAAACAAAAUGGCUAACCCAGCUCGCCAUACCUGUCUGCUUCACUGUGGCCAUCCAAGGGAUAAUGUUGAAGACCCUACAACUCUCAUCUUCUGCUAGCUCCCUUUUUUCCAUCCCAUCUGCAGUCUGGGGUCCAUUUCCUAACUGCACAAAGACUUUGUUACUUCAUGCUUCUGUGCAUGACAUUACAGGUUUUCUACAGGUCCAUAGAAGAACAAACAUUUUGAAAGCAAAAAUGAUUUUGAGACACAAAAUAAUAGGGAAAGAAAAACCUCUCACUUUUGACAGCAAGACACCAACCACGAUUUAUAUGCACAGAGCCUCCUGUUCAUGUUUUCUACUCGUUGAAUACAACAUGUAGUAAUUCUCCCCUUCAGCUCCUUUUGGUUUAUCAGCUAAUGUUGGGAAGCCGUGGGCAACUCUGGGGGCUGGACGGAGGAAGAAACAUGACCACAUUUUUUAUGAAAGCCACUGGCUGGUGUUUUUCCUUUGUUUGUUCCCAGGUUUUGUUUCAACAUGGUGACCUGCUGGUGAAGAGACAGGGCUGGGAGGGAGACUUAAAAGUGAAAAGAAGAAACUGGCCGGGUAAAAUGCACAUGGCAGAUCACUGGAAAAUUAGUUUGCACUUAAGCUAUGUUUUUACUUUAUUUUAUUUUAUUUUAUUUUAUUUUAUUAUUUUAUUUUAUUUUAUUUUAUUUUAUUUUAUUUUAUUUUAUUUUCAUCCUCACUCUGAACUGUAUUCUGGAAUCUGAAUGAAGCAAUAUGGAAGUGACCAGCAAAAUAAAAUAAUUUAAAAUGUAAAAUGAAUUAUUAUUAUAAUAAUAUAUAAAUAUAUAUGUGUGAAAAACAUGACUGUGGAAAUGUCAAAACAAAAUGAAAUCAAGUCUUUGGGAUUUCAUUGUCCAGUGCAACUACUGCUCAUGGGAAUACUGUUGAAGGAAUAACUAGCUUUAACAUUGCAUCGUGAAGGAAAGUGGAGCAAACAAAGUGGGUAAGAGGGGUGGGAGGGGUGUAUAGAACUGACUUGGGCUGACCAACAGACUGCUGUGAGACUGCUGUGGAGGAUUAUUGCUCUGGCACAAGGAAGCCACUAAAUGUUUUAGAAAUUAGGGGCAUGCAUGGCUGUUAUGUUCUCAUUCAAACCUGUAAAUAAUUUCAGUCUCCCAGCACGUUCUCUUCACUUUUGGCUUUUACAUGCUGAUUUUUUUAAAGUCUUAGAUUUCUUUCAUGGGGGUGGGGUGCUUCCAUGACUGCCAUGAUUUUUGUUUAAGCUAGCAUUUAAUUGUAGCUUUGAAAUGGACUGGUGAGCUGGGACAAAGACAAGAAGAUGAAAAGUCACCCUCAUUCUCCUAUCCUAACGUUUGCAAUGAAAUUGUAGGAGGGGCAAGAAUAGCUUAGUGUAUGCACUUUAGUAUUUAUUGAAACCACAAGCAGAAUGAUGGUAGGGGAACAGUGUGGAAGUCAAGGGUCAUUUUAAAGAAGCGUGUUGGCGCCCCUGCCAUAAAGGCAUAGGUCAUCCUUUGCAGGUUGGCAUUUGCAGAAGUCUACUGAUAAACAUUCAUUAAUUAGGUUUUUUAUGUGAUGCCCUGCCCUCUGUCUGUCACAGAACAAAGUAUCCAUGUCUAGGAAAGAGAAUGCAUAAAGAAAACUCUCUCAGUUUUAAACGUAGUUUAGCUGAGGGGUGGACAACCUCCAGCAAGUGCUGGCCAUCACCCCACAUCUCCCACCCAAAUUCUCACCUGGGUGAGUACUUCUGGAAGUGCAGUUCUACUUGCAAAUAAGGAUGCACUCACCACACACCUUGUCUGCUUGCUAAAUGGUUGCCUCUGGUACUGGAGCAAAUCUGGGGUGUGAACAGGGAGCUGAAAAUGGCCAUUUGGGUAGCAGAGGGAUCCCAAGGCUGUGGUAAUCAAGGCUGGACUCAUUGCAUUGCAGGAUAGUCCAUGUCCCACACAGAUGUUGCAGAGCCAGCCAUGUGUCUGUGCAAUGCUCUAAGUACGGCUGGUGGAGAAGAAUCGGGGCAUGGGACCCACGGUAUGAUGCAGUCCUCUGGCCAACGCAGAAGAUGCACUGUGCUGCAUCCUGCUGUAGUUCCCAUGUUCACAGUCCCUGAUGAUGACGAUGACACUGUGAUUUGUUGACCCUCAAAUAACUUUUAUAGCUUCAGUAAUGGAAAAUGGGCAAAGCUUUGUCUGUGUUGAGAAAAAAUGAGAAAUUGUGUGAUGCCCUCUAGCUCAGGUGUUCUCAAACCAGGGUCCAGGAGCUCCAUUCAGGGAGUCGACAUAAAGAUUGUGGAGUUGAGAAUAUGCGCCCUGGGGCCUGCACUUGAUUUAUUUUUUCUGAGGCUGAUUGAGGCUAUUUUCAUCAGGGCUGGAUUAUCAGGCAGGCUAGCAAAACCCCCGCUAGGGCCCCUGGUUUUCACAGCUUCGUGCUGAUGCACUCGACUGAUUUUUCACUUCAUGUUUAUCAAUUAAUGAAGCCUUUCACAGUGGCCUGUCCUAGGUCAUUAGAUUUUCAUAACAUGAUGCCGUUGUUGUUGUUUUCUUUACAAGUGUGUCAGUGCUAAAGAAAAUGUUGUUGUUAAAAUAUGAGUUUGGUACACGCUUUGAUUUGUAGAAUGACAAAUAUUAAGUGUUGUGGCAAGACUCCCUGUAGUUUUCAAAAGUUCUGUGAAAACCAAGUUUGAGAACUGCUGUUCUGGCUUCUUUAAGUCCCAGUAUUUAAGCCACCUGUGGUUCUGACUGCCUGAUUUAUAUGUAUUUGCCGGAUUGAGCUGUAUGGCCUGCAUGUACAUUAAGUACACGUGUGACAAAUGUUCUUUAGCCACCAUUCCUUGUUCCCAGGGUGUGGCUUCACUUCCCUUUGGCAUGCUGUGGUCCAGAUGCCUAACCCUUUGGCCCUCAUGAGACCUGAGGUCCGUAAUCCGCAGCACUGGCUGCCCCUGACCAGGGAACACCAUGCCCCAAUUGCUGUGGUGCUUCUUAGUCCCUCCUGGGACUAGAUCCUAUUGACUACUCCCACCUGUGCAAAGGAAAUGCUGGCAGGAAGUAAGGCGUUGUGGGACUUGUAGUUCUCAGAAAAGUGUGCCAGGCAUGGCGGCACACAGCUCUCUGCGUCUCAAGCUCCGUGUCUUGAAGGGCCCCAUGCAAGCGCAGUCUCUCUUCUAGAGGGCCUCGUGGUCCAGAGUUCAGGCCGUUUCUUGUGCUGUGCUAACACUGCUUCUCAGGAGCUGAAUUUAGGCACCUUUUAAAACGUUAGGUAACCUGUUUGCAAGAAGGGUGGUGCAGGGGUUUGCCUCCGCACACAAAGUCCUAUACUGAGGAUAGGGCAUGGUGUGCAAGCAUGUCCCGCACUCAGUGUGGGCACAUGGAUAAGGCACUGCUACUGCCUGUGUGAGCUUUGUAGACAAAUUCAUCUGGAGGUGUUUAGAAAGGCCUCUUCAGGUUGUUGCACCCAGUGUGGAAAGAUCUCCAUGGCACUUGGAUGUGCAGGGAGGUCAGAGGCAGGGCUCAGCAUAUGCCCACAUCCUUUCCCCUGUUUUAGCCCUAUCUAUGUACAGAUAAAUGCCUUCAGAGGGCUAGAGUUUCCCAUUGCAGUCUAGGACCUUUCUCCUUUGGCAAGUGCCUAAUGGAAUGCAUUGCCCUUGAGGGACAGAUAAAGCUUUCCACACAACGUUUUAUGUGUGAAUGCCCAUACUUCUCCCCAGCCUAAGCAUUGUGAUACUGGAAACUGGAAAUUUACAUAGGUUCUGCUACAAACUCCUUUAUGCUAAUAAGGCCUAUGCACCCUCAAGCAAUAAGGCAGCUCUUCCUUCAUGAUCACUGCUCCAUUUCUGCAGGUCUGGUGCCAGGCUGCCCAGGGGAGGGAUCUGAGUGGUGGGACAGAGCUGCUUUCCUUCCUGAGGAUUUGGGCUGGUACUUGAUCAAGAAAGGCAAUAUAAAACUCGGGUCCUUCCAACAGAUGUUUAAUUUGAAACAUCUGAAUGUAAUUGCCAGAUAGAACAUGGAUUCCCUACAGCUAUGGAACCUGUUUGUGGUGAUACAGUUUCCCUUAAGAAUAUUGUUCAAGCUAUCCAACUUGCAUGUCAAACUGAAGGGAAAGAAAGGGGAUGUUUGUGAAACCAUGCUUGAUGUCAGAGUCAGCUGAGCGAUAGAUCAUACUUCUGAUAGGCCGAGGCUGAUGGUCAAAACAGACUUGAUAAUGGUUAUUCUCUUGCCACGUUGGUAUAAUUCCCAUUUGUCAUAGCAGAAAUCCAGUUAGUGCAUAAAGCUAAGGGAUCAAAGUCUGAAGAGGAUUAGCACUGCAGUGCUGACUGCAGAAUGAUUCCAGAGGCUUUAGCCUUCCCAUCAUGGGAGGUGGUGAAUAAUAGCUUCAACGGGGAAUUAGGCGCAUUCAGUUUCUGUCCGAUGCAUGAGCUGGGGAAGAGGGCCCUGGGAAGGACUCUUGCCUUCAAGCCCUGCUUGUGGGCUUCCCAAGAGUAUCUGGCUGAAUGCUAUUGCAAACAGGAUAGAGCUUCAAACGGAACUCGGUCCAGUCAAACAGGGCUCCUUUCAUGUAUCCUUCGAGGAAAUGCUGAACCUCUUUGGAUCAGAGGCACAUCUGACAAUCGGAGAAGCAGUCCUGGGCACCGCUACGAAACGGUUGCCUCGGGAAUGUGCGCAAAGAGCAAGUAAUCUUCCCAAAAGUCUGACAGCAAGGCAGAGGUUACUUCUGAGUCCUAAUUCACGGAAUAAGUCCUUUGAAGUAAUAGUU